CACACACAUACACACCUAACACAACACCAGCAGCCACAAAACAAUGAUACUAAAAUCGAAAAUUAUCACAUUUUGACCAAAACCUUGUUUAUUGUUCAUUGAUUUGAUUCCAUUUUCAUUUCUCAACUCCAUUAUUUUCAUCCUUUACCUCACUUUCUCUUCUAGAUUCUCCAUUUUUUUCUUCACUCACCCCUUUUCCUCUUUUGACUCAUCAAUCAUCACCAUCCACAAAAAAAGAAACUUUUCAACAACAAAAAAAACAUAUAACCUUGUCUCAAACAAGGGUGAAAAACACAACACAAUCAAAAGAUGAAGAUUGUUGUUGUGUUUCCUUUCUUUCUAUGUAUCAACAUGAUGAUGAGUUUGAUGAGUAUUUCAGCAGCUCCUACUCCUUCUCCAUCAUCAUCAUCAUCAUCAUGUCCUAUGGAUCUUAACUAUGUCCUAAGAAUCCAUUGGAACUCUUCAGCUUGUCAAAAUCUAGAGCCUUUAUCAUCAAAACAAGUUUCAAACACAAGCAAUUGUUGCAUAUCACUUUUGUCUCUCUUUGGAAUAGGAUUUGCGCAACAUCUAAAAGAAACCUCACAGUUCAAUCUCCAAGACCUUCAAACUUCAAUUUCAUGCAUGAAAGAUUUUCAAUCAAAGCUCAAUUCUUUAUCACUUUCGAAAAACCUUGUCAACUCUUGUUUUGACCCUCUUCAAUUUGUUAUCUCUCCUAACAUAUGUGCAGGUAUUGAAACUGUUCAUGAUUGGAAUGAGAAGUUGGGUCAGAACACCAAUCUCAACUCUGCUUGUAAACCAGAUCUAACUGAUCUUUCUCAGUGUGAUGUCUGUUUAGCUGCUGGUUUACAGGUUAAGCAGAAGCUUGUUUCGAUUGAUGGUAAUUCUUCUCAUUCGUUGAGUUGUUUUUACUUUGCAAUUCUUUAUGCUGCUGGAAUUGUGAAUGAGUUUGGACCUGAAAGUAAUGGUGCUGUUACAUGUGCUUUUAGUUUACCUGUUUAUACACAAACUGGUUCUGGUUCGAAGAAUCAUCAGGGUCUUGUGUUCGGGUUAACCGGAGCUGGUGUUGCGUUGUUUGUUAUGAGUUCUUUGUUGGGUUUAUAUGUUUGGUAUGAUAGGAAACGUAUGAGGAAGAGAAAGCUUGAAACUUUUCAAUUUGAUUUUGAUCCCGAGGAACAAGGCUCUCGCCGUAGGUUGAGACCGAAUACCGGGUCGAUUUGGUACAAAAUUCCGGAACUUGAGAAAGCAACUGAUAAUUUUUCAUCCAAGAAUUUCAUAGGGAGAGGUGGGUUUGGUUUGGUUUUCAAAGGAACUUUGGCUGAUGGAUCUGUUGUUGCGGUUAAGCGGGUUUUAGAAUCCGAUUUUCAAGGGGAUGUCGAGUUUUGUAAUGAAGUCGAGAUUAUUAGUAAUCUUAAGCAUAGGAAUUUGUUGCCUCUUAGAGGUUGUUGUGUGGUUGAUGAGAGUGAGAAUUAUGGUGAUAGAGGAAGUCAAAGAUAUCUUGUUUACGAUUACAUGCCGAAUGGAAACCUCGAAGAUCAUCUUUUUGUGUCGAAGGAUCCUUCGAAACCGAACAAAUUGUUGACUUGGCCUCUAAGGAAAAACAUAAUCUUGGAUGUAGCGAAAGGUUUGGCUUAUUUGCACUACGGAGUCAAGCCUGCAAUCUAUCAUAGGGAUAUCAAAGCUACUAAUAUUCUACUUGAUGAAGAUAUGAGGGCAAGAGUUGCCGAUUUCGGACUUGCGAAGCAAAGCAGGGAGGGUCAGUCUCAUCUCACUACUAGGGUGGCGGGGACUCAUGGAUACCUUGCGCCGGAAUACGCGCUUUAUGGUCAACUGACGGAGAAGAGUGAUGUGUAUAGCUUUGGCGUGGUUGUUUUGGAGAUAAUGUGCGGGAGGAAGGCUCUUGAUUUGUCUUCGUCAGGAUCGCCGCGGGCGUUCUUGAUUACAGAUUGGGCUUGGUCGUUGGUGAAAUCGGGGAAAAUAGACGAGGCUUUGGAUGCUUCUCUUUUGAAAGACGAAAACAAUACUAGUUCGAAUCCAAAGAGCAUAAUGGAAAGGUUUUUGCUGGUUGGAAUUCUGUGUUCUCAUGUAAUGGUCGCUUUGAGACCGACUAUUUCAGAUGCUUUGAAGAUGUUGGAAGGCGAUAUCGAAGUUCCUCAAAUUCCAGACAGGCCUAUGCCUCUUGGACAUCCUUCAUUUUAUAAUAACGACUGCAACGGCAACACUUUUAGCAUUUCUCCGGCGUUAAGCGGCCUCAAAUUGCCCACGGGAGACAUGCUCAGGUCAAUUAGUGAGAGAUGAUCGAUGAGCUAGCCCUGAAAUGGAUCUGCAAGUCAAGGAUCUAACUUUUUUUUUUGGUUUAAAUGCAUAAUAUUAAAAUAGAGCAAAAUUCAAUUAUUUAUUUUGGCCAAAUUUUCUUUUUGAAUAGUUUUGGUAUAUACUUGUAAAUAGUUUAAGAUAAUUUUUGAGGUUGACAAAAUUUCUGUAUAAAAUAUGUAUAUUUUAUGUUUUUUUAUGCUCAUAGCUGAAUACACUGGGUGAUUUUUUGCGGUA